UUUAUAUUGUCGCCGGGUGUACAAAGAUGGCGGCGGACCGAAGGUUUUUCUUGAAAGGAGGGGCUGGUAUACAUUAGCCCUCCCCUCUGUCGCUGUGUGUGCUGUCACUGUGUGAGCUUAGUACCGGGGCUGGAGGGGUAGAGGAGCCCCGGGAUCAUGGAGAGUAAUAAGGAUGAGGCUAAUCGGUGUUUACUGAUCGCCAAAACAGCGCUGCUAACCGGGCACCGGGAGAAGGCCCGAAAAUUCCUCAAUAAAGCUGAGAAGCUCUAUCCCACAUCAGAGGCCCGGGAACUGCUGGCAAAACUUGAAAAAGAUGAUGGUACAACAAGGAAUGGACCUCAGGCGGCAAAGCCUUCCAGUGUAGACGAGCAACUCAAGCAAAAUGCAGAGAAGGAAAAUGUUGCUGGGGAAGCUGUAAAGAGUUGCACAAAGGAACAGAUGGAAGGCGUACAAAGGAUAAAGAGCUGUAAAACAUAUUACGAAGUUCUGGGUGUGAGUAAUGAUGCUGGAGAAGAAGACCUAAAGAAGGCCUACCGGAAACUUGCACUAAAAUUUCAUCCAGAUAAAAACCAUGCACCUGGGGCUACAGAUGCUUUUAAAAAAAUUGGAAAUGCAUAUGCGGUAUUAAGUAAUCCAGAGAAACGUAAGCAAUAUGACCUGUCUGGAUGCGAGGAACGCACGCAAACCAACCACAGAAAUGGUGGUUUUGAUUAUCACAGAGGAUUCGAGGCAGAUAUAACCCCUGAAGAUCUGUUUAACAUGUUCUUUGGAGGAGGCUUCCCUUCAGCAAAUGUUCGUACAUAUUCGAAUGGACGCACAACAUAUAGCCAUCACCAGCACCAGCAUCAUAGUGGUCAUGACAGGGAAGAUGAAAGAGGGGAUGGUGGCUUCUCCAUGCUUAUUCAACUCCUGCCUAUAAUUGUAUUGAUACUAGUGUCUUUGCUUAGUCAAUUAAUGGUCUCCAAUCCUCCAUACAGUUUAUACCCCAGAUCUGGUCAAACCAUCAAGCGCCUAUCAGAAAAUCUUCAAGUACCAUACUACGUAAGCAAGGAUUUCCUGUCUGAUUAUAGUGGUAUGUCACUGCAGAAGUUAGAAAAGAAUAUUGAAGAGGAUUAUGUGGCUAAUGUAAGGAAUAAUUGCUGGCGAGAAAAACAACAGAAAGCUGAUCUAAUACAUGCAGCAAAAGUCUACCGAGAUGAUAGACUGCGAGUGAAAGCAGAGACAAUAUCUAUGCAAUACUGCAAAGAACUUGAGAGAUUGAAUUUAAUCUAUCGAGGAGGAUAAUGAGCCACAAACUAUUGUCUGCAUACAAAUAGAUAUACUUUCUUCCUUGUAAUAUAAGAACUACUUUACUGUGGACGGUGAGGCAAGGAGAGAAACCUGACCCGACUAUCAAGCUCGUUGUAAAUUCCUGAUACAACUUGCAGGUCACGGAGUAAUUUUUAUGGUUUUAUGUUUUUUGGCUUUAGUUCCAAUGACAUGUAACUAAUUCCAACAGUGUGUAAAAUUUAGAUACAACACAAUGACCACAUUUUUUCCAGGUUCAUGUGUGUAAUGUAAAUAUUUCAGAGAUGUCUUGUAUAUAAGAGUCAACGCAUUUAUAUGUAAAUUUCUCUGUCCCCGUGAUUAAAAGAAUCCAUUUAAUGUGAAUCUAACACCAAAAAA